CACCCCUCCAGUCCACACACUCACACACUCUCACACUCACACACACACACACACACACUCGUCUGCUGCUCCUCCACCAUGGCCAGGGUUUGGCUUCUGCUUUCUCUUCUCCUGUCUACUCAUCUUGCUCAUCUCCAUCAGGUGAAAAGGCUCCCCGAGGAUGGCAGUGUGGCAGGUGUGUUUCAGCUGUCCCAGCUGAAGGAGGGCCGUUCCACUGAGCUGAUCUACUCCUUUAAUGUGUCGGUGGCCAGAGAAGUCUGCCUGCAGCGGGGCGUUGCCAUGGCAACCAAAGUCCAGGUGGAGCAGGCCCGGCGCCAUGGGCUGCAGACCUGCAGGUACGGUUGGGUUGAUGAGCAGAUUGUGGUCAUUCCUCGGGUCGAGGCCAGUCCUGCCUGCGGUCAGAACAACACUGGACUGGUUCUGUGGCGAGUUCCGGUCGGCAAACACUUUGAUGUGUUUUGUUUCAACCAAACUGAUCUGGAGCUCCAACUACUUGCUACAACAACGACUACGCAGCCACUCAGAACAAGAACCGCACCCCGUCCCUCCUCCUCCCCUCCCCUCCUCCUCUCCUCUCCUCCAGGCAGUCCAGUGGAGGAGGCCCUGAGCAGCAGACAGAUUGGAGUUGGAGAGGUACCCACUGUGCUCCUGAUCACUGCUGUGUGUGUGCUGCUGCUGCUGGGAUUCACCUCUCUUUGGUUCAUCAGGAGGAAGGGGAGCUGCUGCCCCCUUCUGGCCGGAGGUGCUCACUGCCAACCCAGCAAGACUGAGCUGAAGGAGGCCUGUGUGGUUCCCCUGACCUUCACCCAAUCAGAACACACAUCACCAACAUCUAACCAAUCAGAACACACAUCACCAGCAUCUACCCAAUCAGAACACACAUCACCAACAUCUACCCAAUCAGAACACACGUCACCAACAUCUACCCAAUCAGAGGAAGCACCCUGAACGACACAGGGAACACCAUUUUUAAUUCAAGUUCAUUCUUUAAUAUUGAGACAUUGUUAUUGUUUAUUGUAUUUCUAAUGUUUAAAUAAAACAUUUAAACAAGA